AUGUUCGAUCUGUUUCAGCUACGUCGAGGCUUGUUCGUUUUUGGAAUUGCGGUUUUCGACAUGGCUUUAUCAGUUGCGCUACCUCUAUCUGGAUUGGAGACAGAAAAUUUUAACUCGUUCAGCCAUAUCAUAGGCAUAGCGGGCCUAGCGAAGUCGCAAACGAGUCCUUGUCCAUCUGUAUCCAGCGAGUCUAGUGGUAUCGGUUCAUUGGUUUCGUUAAAAUCGGAGUCCGUUAGCAACGAUUCCUUGCCGUCUAGUCCUCAGACCACAGAGAAGAAGCUAUUUGAACCAUUUGUGCAACCACAGCCGCGUCCAAAGGAAAAGCAGGAUGUCAAAGUGGUUUGUGGAGGCCGAGACAUCCUAAACUUGAUGGCUAACCUCACAGAUCCUCGUUGGAACUACCGUGCCACAGUGCUGCCUCUAAACAACCCAUCACUGUUCUUGGCAAACAGGUCUCAAUAUCAUCGUUUGGGCCCUUACGGGACACGCACACAGUAUGUAAAUGAUUCCUGUCGCGAUUGCGGUUUCUCCUGGGUCGUAGCUGCCACAGACUAG